AAGAUGUUUGACAGAUCAAUCGAGUUGACAGUUUGCAAUAAUUGUUGUGCGCAGUUAACGACAGAACAAAUAGAGUUGAAAAUAGCACAGGAGUUCGAAGGUGACGUGGGCUGUGUAGUGUGGGAUGCAGCUCUGGUGCUGGUCAAAUUCUUGGAAACUAUAACCGGUGAAAUCUAUCAAAAGCCAACCGAAUCUCUUUUCCAUCCAGCAAGCAGUCUGGACGGCGUUUCAUUGGCUAAAUUAAAGCUUCUGAAUUUGUUCUUCAAGAAACGGCUUCACUUAGAUCAUACUUUAGAUGUUCUAGAGCUAGGUGCUGGCACUGGAGUUUGCAGUUUCGCAAUUGCAAGUUUAGUGAACGCAAAAAUUUUCUGCACUGAUCUAAAACAGUUUGAAUAUUUGAUAAAACAAAAUCUGCAUGCUAAUCGAAGUAAUUUUCGAUCGAGUUCUGAAGUUUUGACUUGUGAACUUGAUUGGUCGGAAUGCGACCAGUCCGAUUUGAAAAAUGAAAGUUUCGAUUUAAUCGUUUUAUCGGACUGCAUCUAUUACGAAGAAAGCGUGGAAAAUCUAGUUCAGACCCUGAAAUUGUUUUGCAAGCCUAAAACAUUAAUAUUAAUGAGCUUGGAAGAGCGUUCAGAGAAAAAAGUUCUUGUCGAGAAAUUCUGGAGUUUGAUGGACGGUUCUUUCACAUGGCACGAAGUUAGCUUAAACGAGCAAAAUGAGAAAAUAAAAUGCGAAGAAAUCCAUUUGUUUAUCAUUUACAAAACACCUAUUAAGUCAUGUGUCGAAUGACCUUUUUGAUGUCGAGUUUUCAUGGAAAUUAUGACAGUUCUUCUGGAACCUCGAAUCUCAUGAUCGUACUAACAUUUGCUAAGCCGUUUGUUAAUAAAUAGAAAAUUGCAAAAUGGAGCUCUAAUUUUAUUUGCGACCUUGGGGCGAAGCUCAUUUGACCUUGUUUGAACUAGUGAGCGGUGAGGAAUUGGACGGUGUGGAAUUGGAUCUGAUGAUAGCUUAUGUCAAUUCAAUAUAUAGAAGUUUCAGAUCAAAGAAUUUAAGAAAUUUCAAUGACAAAUCAGUUUAUUUUCUUUUGAUUGCUUCAGGUCAAUGUCGCAUUUUGAAGCGGUUAGCGUGUUAGACGAGUAUUCGUUAAUCUUUUUAUCGACUGCGUCUCAGCUAGUAAUGUUAUCAUGCCUGCAUUCAAUUAUGAAAAACGAAUUAAAAGCGUAGAAACAAUACGGAUCAAUAGCAAAAUGUUACGACAACAGUUAUCUUGUCAAAAAUCUAACAAACAAUGAACAAAAGUUUUUUUCUAAAAAUCGGCUUUAAUGUUUUUGGGGCAGAUAGUUGGCUCUCAAUUAAUCUUCCUGAGGAAGUUUUUUUACCUUGAUAAACGUGAAUAGUAAAUAUUGUCGCAAAAAUGCCGUGAAAAAUGAUGUAAAUUCCACUGUACGAAACGUAUCAAUUUUUAUCUCGAGCGAUCAAAAACUGAUUCAAGAUGGAAGGAGUUUCAAUGUAAUAACGGACUAGUUGAUUCGACGUUUACUUGAUCUAAUACUUCAGUUUGCGUCCAACAAAAAGGCCUGAAAAAAAGCUAAUUAGCCUCCUGCUGUGCAGAUUUCGUCCUAAAAAGCAGAAUUUUUUACAGAGCAAUAAUGGAGCAGAAUUUCAAUCAUACGGCAGAGCUUACGAAUUUUUUUUUGAAAUCUUUCAAGAAAACGGAAGUAGAUUACUAAUUAGUAGAGUCGUGCUUUGGUGCUUAUUUUUUAUUUCUGCAUUAAUUUUAUAUGGGGGCGUUCAACAGUGCCGAAGUACAACAGCGGCGAAACAGAAGAAAGUGUUCAACAGUGCCGAAAAUUAUUGGUUUUCGGCUUUGCUGAACAACAUUUGUAUUUUCGGCACUGUUGAACGCCCCCUCCAAGGGAAGUAGAAC